AAAUCGAAACUGCGUCUCACAUAAUUUUGCUAGUUAUCAGAAAAGUGAUAUGCGCAAUGUACUUUACGCAGACGAGUCACAACAACAACAGCAAACUCCGAAUAUACAUAAGUAGAAAUGGCUAUACAAAUAGCCAUCCUGGAUUGUGACCUGCUGCUCCAUGGUCGUGGACAUAAAACUCUCGACAGGUUUGAUAUAGAGACCGUUUCAGACGAGUUCCUAUUAACAACAUUUGGAUUCCCUCGACAUUUCAUCUACUACCUGGUGGAGCUACUGCGUGACACAUUAUCACGACGUACGCAACGGUCUCGAGCAAUAAGCCCAGAAGUUCAGAUUCUUGCUGCUUUAGGAUUCUAUACCUCAGGAUUCUUCCAGACGAGGAUGGGAGAUGCCAUUGGCAUUAGCCAGGCUUCCAUGAGUCGCUGUGUGACAAAUGUAACCAAGGCACUGGUUGAGAAAGCUCCAGAGUGCAUAGUAUUCAUGAGAGACGAAGCUACAAAACAGCAGUCCAAAGAGGAGUUUUUCAGGGUAGCGGGAAUACCAAACGUCAUGGGUGUUGUAGACUGUACCCAUAUAGCCAUUAAGGCACCCAAUGCAGAGGAUUCUUCAUAUGUCAAUAAGAAAGGCUUCCAUUCAAUUAACUGCCAACUUGUGUGUGAUGCCAGGGGACUUUUGCUCAGUGCAGAGACUAACUGGCCUGGCAGCUUACAGGAUAAUUUCAUAUUAAAGCAGUCUUCAGUGUACAAGGAAUUGGAAGAACAGGAAAAUCAUGAAGGCUGGUUUUUAGGAGACUGCUGCUAUCCUUUAAAGAAAUGGCUGAUGACACCUGUCCAGUACCCAGAAACUUCAGCAGACUUUCGAUACAACUUGGCUCACACUGCCACUCAUGAGAUUGUGGACCGCACGUUCAGGGCCAUUCAAACCCGUUUCCGUUGCCUGGAUGGGUCCAAAGGCUACCUUCAGUACUUACCUGAGAAGUGCUCUCACAUCAUUCUGGCCUGCUGUGUCUUGCACAACGUGUCAUUGCAAUCAGGCUUGGAUGCCUGGACGUUUGAGAGGACUGAUAUGCCAGACCAGUCGGAGGAGGGCAGUUGUAAGCCAGAGGCUGUGGACUCAGAGGCAGUCCGAAUCCGUCAGGAGCUCAUUCUUAGUCACUUCAGCUAGGUCUGCAUGCUCAGAAUCAACGUGGAAAACACUGUAUGGUUCACAGAGACACUGCCUGCAAUAGAGAAGUGGUUGACACCAGAUUCUGUAUAAUCAGAAUAAUAUAGGUUGUAGGAGGUCUAUAUGUACAGUGCCUUCAGAAAGUAUUCAUACAACUUGACUUAUUCCACAUUUUGUUGGGUUAAAUUGAUAUUUUUUUCUCACCCAUCUACACACAAUACCCCAUAAUGACAAAGUGAAAACAUGUUUUUAGAAAUGUUUGUGAAUUUAUCUAAAAUUACAUUUGUAUCCCAAAAAACUCCUUAGUCCUUUCCGAAGACAAGCAUGCCCAUAACAUGAUGCAGCCACCACCGUGCCUGAAAAUAUGGUGGUACUCAGUGAUGUGUUGUGUUGGUUUUCCCCCAACAUAAUGCUUUGUCUUCAGGACAUAGUUUAAUUCUUU